GAGCUUAGGUCGAGGAGCUAACAGUUAGCAGCUAGUCGCAGUUUAAAGUCUACCGCAGUAGUUGAAGUCAUGACUCAUCAACCCGCACACACACACUGACACGCGCACUCACGUGCACGGACAGAUUGGCGGGGGCUUGUUCUCGCGCGGGGAGCGGGUUUUCGGGGGUGUUUUGGAAGUUGUUUUUCUUAAGGGGGGCGUGAGUGUGUGUGUGCUAGCUUUAUGCUAGCUGCUUCCUGCAUGUUAGCCGGAUGUGGCUAGCUGGUGAAGCUAACUGUUUACCUGUUUGUCUCGUAGGGUUGGUUUGAAUUAUUCAUGACAGCAGUCCGGGAUUUGUGGAGUGAGCGGCAGGGGCGGGGCUAGAACGGUUUUUUACAGGGGGGAGGGGGAGUUAGCCACCACACACACACACACACACACACACACAGGUUUAUUUCUGUCACACACACAGAGUGAGAGUGGAAACAGAGAGGAGGGGGUCUGAGGACGACAGAGGACGCUCUCUGAUUGGCUGACGUGUCCUCAGGUAGAAGAUGCUCAGGAUGGACAAAGACCCCGUCCUCCCUCAGCAGGCGCCCGUCAGAGUCAGCCCCGCCUUCCCCGCCUCCGUCUCCCUAUCAGAGCAGCCGAUGCUGGCCAAGCCCCGCCCCCUCUGUCCUAAAAAUGGCCUCCAGCCGCCCGGCAACAGCCAGCCCCCGCUGCUCGCCGGCCCCCCUCCCCCCGCUCAGCGACUCGGGAAGAGGCGUUACUCCGUGGGCGUCGGCUUCAAGGGGCUGGCCAAGCGCCGUCGCCGCGCCAACAGCGACAGCCAAUCAGAGCCUGUGCUGCCGAGUCACUUCCUGCUGGGCGGGAACAUCUUCGACCCGCUGAACCUCAACUCUCUGCUGGACGAAGAGGUGAACAGAGCGACCAAUCAGGAGACACCAAAGUGCUCGCCCCUGCCGUCGCGGGGCGGAGACCCCGUAGAGAUCCUGGUUCCCCGCGACAUCACUGACCCCCUGAACCUGAAGGGAGGCGGGGGGGGUGGGGAAGGGGGAGGGGGAGUCCUGCUGUCCCCCCUGAAGUCCAGGAGGAGACACAGGAACAGACACCAUGGAGGAGGAGGAGGAGGAGGGGGAGGAGGAGGAGGAGGUGGAGGUGAUGGAGAGAGGGAGGUGAUACCAGCUCGACUGUUUCCCUCCACAGCUGGACUCACAGUUCCUCUGUCGGCCACAGAGGGCAGCGUUCCUCCGUCUCCUCUUCCCUGUGAACUCAACACGGCCAUCACCUGUCGAGAUGACGUGGCUCCGCCCCCCAUACUCCCCAGGAGACACACCCACCCUCCGCCGGGCCACGGUAACCAGGGCGACGGUCGCCAGCGGAGACGGCGACGCACCACCUCGACGAGGUCGUCGGACGUUGCUGCGAACGCCAUCUCUGUCACCACGGUAACUGUCACCCAACAACCAACCAAAUUCCAGACGCCGCUGGUGGGAGGGGCUAAAGCUGACAGGUGUGGAAGACCUCAGCCCGGCGCCGCUCAGCCACCACAGAAGAAGGACAAACACCGCUACCAGUACGGCAACCACAGCCGUUACUAUGGAUACCACGGUUUCUACGGCGACAGGUGGGAGGGGUGGGUGGGGUCAGAGGAGGACCCGCGGGUCCGCCUCCUGGAAGCCGAGUGGUUCAGAGACAAGACGGUGCUGGAUGUGGGCUGCGGCGCCGGUCACAUGGCGCUGAGCGUCGCCCGCAGGUUUGACCCCGCCCACGUCCUGGGGGUGGAGCUAGACGCACGAUUGGUCCACGCCGCCAAGCAGAACGUUAGACACUUCCUGUCACAUGACCUGGUGGUGGAGGAGAGGAGGAGGAGGGGAGGAGCGACGACCUCCUCACCCUCUACAGGGAAGGAGGGAGGAGGGAGGGAGGAGGAGAGGAGGGGGGAGGAGGAGGUGAUGGAGGAGGUCCAGCAGGCUCUGUCCCUCCUCCCCCUCCCCCUCUCCCUCAGGGUGAGUCGGGGGCCUCUCUCUGCUCCUCCUCUCCUCCUCCCUCCCUCCUCCUCCUCCAGGUUCCCCAACAACAUCACCUUCAUCCAGGGUGACUACGUGUCAGAGUGGGAGGCGUGGCCUGGGCGGGGUCAGUAUGAUGUCAUCAUGUGUAUGAGCGUGACCAAGUGGGUGCAGCUGCAGUCAGGUGACGGGGGCGUGGUCAGGCUGUUCAGACGAGCCUAUCAGAGCCUGACGCCGGGCGGAUUAUUCAUCCUGGAGCCGCAGCCGUGGAGCAGCUACAGCCACAGCAAGAGGGCCUCGGAGACAACAUACCAUAACUACAGGAGUGUGAGGCUGAGACCUGAGCAGUUCACCUCGUACCUGACGGACAGCGUGGGCUUCGCCUCGUACAGACUCCUCAAACACACAGGUAACCAGCGGCCGAUCUACCUGUUCCACAAAGGCCCCGCCCAGAGGAAGUGAGGUCACCGGGGACACAGGAUGUGACACGUCUUUCUCUGAGGAUAACACAGGGUGGUCACCUGCUCGUCUCCAUGGCAACGACCUUAAAGUGGCGGAGGUGAGACACACUCACCUGUCGCGCCUCAACGACGACACCUCAUAUUUUUGGCUGGGAGCUCGCAGCUGAUUGGCCGAACAGUCGAGCCUGUGCGAUGACAUCACAGCACAGAGGGGGAGUGUGAUUGGACAGCAGGGUCUCUGAGGAUGUGAUUGGUUGACCUUUGGUCCUGGACUAUGAUUGGACACUGACAGGAAGUGACACGUCCGACUUUUCAAAAUAAAAUGUUAUUGUUUCAGUUUAUUUUGUCAGAAUAAAGAGAUUUUUUCUGUUUCUGUUUAAAGCUGAAACUUUUCUUCAUGUUUCAGUCUGAAAUAAUAAAAACUGUUUCUGCUCCGACCUCUGAAAUAAUAAUUAAUAACUAUCAAUAAUUAAUCAUCAGAACAGUUUCAGACUCAUUUCAUCUCUUAAUAAAAUGUUGAAUUAAAACGUUUGAAAAGUUUUAACAUGAACAGACACAAUGGAGUCUCUUGAUUCUUAAAGUCAGUUACUUCCUGUCUUUCAUAAUAAAAGCUUUUUUAAAAUCCCCACA